AACAAUAUGUGUUGCCACAGGGAAUAAUUGAUACGAGCAACCAACUAUGUGUAUAUAUAGCUUAUAUGCAACAUCCUAGGGUCCUCAACCAAAACUCCUCUCUCAGCACACUUCUUUUCAUACCUCAAACAAAAAAAGAUACCAAAACUAGUUUGAGGAGAUUGAGAGGAGUGUUUGGUUCUUUGGAUAACAAUAUCCUAAACAGAAAAUGGCUAAGUCAUGUGGAGCUAUCUUCCUCCUGGCCCUCAUUGUCCUCUUCAUGCUUCAAACCAUUGUUAUGGCCUCAAGUGGAUCUAAUGUGAAUUGGAGCCAGAAACGUUAUGGAACAGGAAGCCUGAAACGUUACCAAUGCCCAUCGGAAUGCGAUAGGAGGUGUAAAAAGACACAGUACCACAAGGCUUGCAUUACGUUCUGCAACAAAUGCUGCAGAAAGUGUCUCUGUGUGCCUCCGGGUUACUAUGGGAACAAACAAGUUUGCUCUUGCUACAACAACUGGAAAACUCAAGAGGGUGGACCAAAAUGCCCUUGAAAUAAUCUCACUUAUCGUUCCUCUUUUUUUUUAAUAAAAAUGUCAACUAUAACUAAAUCUCCUUUGAUGAAUGUUUUUCCUUAAUGUUUUAAUCUACUUUAUUCGGAAUGUUGUAAUGUUAUGUCACUCCUUUUGUUCUAAAUCCUAAAAAAAUGAGAGUGGCCUAUGAAUGAUUUUUUCAUGAAUA